AUGGCAACUUGCAAGGACUCGGGCCAUUCAAAAGUGGCCAAUUUUUCAGGUUGUGUCGGACCAGAUCCGAUUCGUCAAUCUUCACGAGAAUGA